AUGCCAUGAAAUUUGUUCAGAUUUUUUAUUUUGAAUGGAUGGGGAGUAGCACUUGACUACUGUAAUCAAUCGUUAAUUAGCAUUAUAGAAUGCCAAAAAUCAAUGAUGGCUGAGUUUAAAUCCAAAAUGGCUCUGCUUUUAAUACUAGGUCUUGCUGCGCUUAUUGUUUGCAUUUUUAUAGCGCUUCCUUUUUAUUAUUCGAUUUUUAAGAUAGAAAAUACUCUUUGAGGGAGCAUUAGAAAAAAAGCUUUUGGCAAUAGCUCUGAGCUUAAACAAGCACUUUUAAAAAGGCUAAAAGAAAUACACCUUCAGCAGGAGUCCCUCUAUUCUUAUCAUAUAGAUUAAAAUGGUGAGUCAACCAUCUCUCUGAACACCUGUAGAUAGGGAUGCUUUGGAAGGGACAGAGCUCCGACUGCGCAUCCGGCGGAAUACAAUAUUGAGAUUGAGAACAGCAUGCUUGCUCCAGAUGAAAGUUUUAUCACUGCUCAGAGUUGGAAAAGGAAGUCCCGCCAACACCUCCUAGCCAAUUGGAAAAUUUUCUAAAGCAAUGCCGAGUUUCCAUUUUAGCCGGCAGAUAAAUUCGAAUUCUCGAAUUUUUUUGAAGUGCACGGCCCUUGUAUCUGAAUAAGUGCAAGCGCUCGUCUAUGAGGAACGACGCAGUAAGAGGCCAUGUUAGGACUAGAAAGCGGCGUUAGAACGAUAAUAAAGAUAAGUCGCCCUCGGGCCUACAAAGAAGUUUCUAGAAUCAUGAUUAAGUAUUAAACCUCUUUUCUCAUCAAAAGAACUUUAUGAAGCCUUGCACUUUUAAAAGCUAUUGGAAAUAUUCUUGAAGGACACUUGCAUGCUUGCAGCUGUUAUAUUUUUCAGCUUAA